AACGGCUUUUCGAGACCGCUAGGCUAGACAAGCUUAUAGCAGUACAGUCAGCGUGGUUGAUCUGACUUAUUUGUGCUGUUGAAACAACAGAAACCACCAUGCAGAUUUGCACCGCAUAAGUCUGCACGCAUUGAUCUGGCUCCACGCUCAUAGGAAAGCUCUCACGCUGCUGCCUACUUCUUACGUCAAGGAGAGAUCACCAUCUUUGGGUUCUCUGCCCUUCCCAAAUAUAAAUUGCAUAUCUAUAUCCCCUGACUACGGGAAUUCGCUCUACCAAUGAUCUCAACGGGGAUCUAUAACUAAAUACAAAAAUUAUCAAGAUGUUUACUACCUUUGCCGCUGCCCCAGCACCCCACCGCCGCCGUCACCGCCAAGAUGGCCGAAGAAGGAGGUCAAGGUCGCUUUCAUCAUCAUCAGAUUCCCCCCGUCCAAGGAAGCAAGUCGCUAGAGCAUGCGACUUGUGCCGUCUCAGUCGAGUUCGGUGUGAUGGCCAGCAGCCAUGCCAAACUUGUUUAAGAAAACAAUAUCAGUGCGUUUAUGAUGAGAGCAGAAACGUACGGACUCUGGCGGAUGCUAUGAAGGUUAUUGAUAGCUUGCGGGCUGAAACCAAAUUUUUGAAGGAGCAACUGUCACCAGCAGCCAAUCGCCAAAGCCAGACCAAUCGUGGAAUCUCGCGCCAGGAAGGGUUCAGUCACAUACCGCAGCAGAGCGGUGCUCUGCACAAUUCACAGGCUAGAAGAAGAUCAACAAGUCCUCUCCGGCUCGACACGCACCCCCGAAGUCCAUUUUGCACGUCAGAUUUUGCGGAUCGAUUAGAGGCCUUCCUUCAGGAUGCCCUUGAAGAAGAAUGCCAUCCAGUUAUUGAUACCUUCACACCUGCGUCGCUUGAAUUGGCAUCAUUUAGAACAAAUCACGCUUUUUUUAGCGCCUGGGAUCCCGGACCCCCUAGGGGUGCAGACUGGGCCCUAUCGCGCCCACAGGAAGAGUUCUAUCUGUCUCUUUUCUGGCAAGCCCACCACUGUCUUGCCCCAAUUGUGAACGAAUCAGAGUUUAAAGAGCUCUUUGAGGCACUAUGGAGCUACCCGAUGAACGCCGGCACAAGGAGACAUCCCUCUCCUUUGGUUGACAUUGUCAUGGCUUUAUGUAUACAAUGGGGCGCCAAUUUUAUCGAAAGUCCGGAUCACCAAAAGGUGGCAACAGAGGCCGAAGACACUAGCUUUUCAGGAUCGCAGUACUACCGUCGCUGCAUGUGCAUCCUUGUUCAGGAUCUUGAGAGUCCCUCACUUUCGACAGUCCAGUGCUAUAUCUAUGCUGUCAUUUACCUAAGUAACGCAACAUUGCUAAGUAUGUCGUACAAUUUGCUCGGUCUAGGUUUCCGUGUCGCAUAUUCGAUUGGCCUGCAUGAUGAGACAUCUCUCAGUGAGUCUGCGCCGGAUCGACAGUUACGUCGGCGAAUUUGGUGGACUUUAGUGUUCCUCGACACAAUCAUCUCUCUCCAGCUGAGCCGACCGGCGGCUGCUGAGAAUUCUCAUAUUCCGUUUCCCUCCGAUGACGAGGAUACAGCCCAAGCAGCUGGACCAAAUUUUUCUAGCCUGUCAAAGGACCAAACGUGGCUAAAUUACCAUGUCCAGCUUACCAAAGCAGUGACUAUUGGGAAAACAAUUUAUGAUAAUUUCCUUGAACACCACACCAAAACCCUCCAGUAUAAUCAUGUCGACGCGAUUGACGACGACCCCGCGACUCGAGAAUUAUGCGCAAAAUAUCUGACGGCGAUAGUGCGGCCGCUUCAUGCAUGGCGAAGUGAAGUUUCUCCCCAUCUAGUAAACAGUCGAAGGGCAAGCGGCAAACCAUUUUCCACUGACAGAACAAUGCUGGAAUUGGACGGCACUCUGCCUCUGUGGCAGCAGCGACAACGCAUUCUCUUGGAGCUAUUUUAUCACAACAUGCUCAAUACGCUCCAUCGACCUUUUAUCAAUUUGAGCCCUUCAAGAACGAGAACUACCAAAACACCAAUCACUGCCCCAGUAGCUGACGGUCAUGCUAUCACAUGUCUCAAUCAUGCUGUUACCAUGACCAUGAUCCUCCACCAAGUGUUGACCGAAACAGAUAUUCUUAACGGUUGGUACGAUUUAUUAUACCACCAGUGGAGCGCGAUGCAGUCUUUGUUGGCCUUCAUCAUUGCCUACCCAGCAUGUCCACCCACACCGACAGCUUGGAAAUUUGCAAAGGUUGCCAUUGACUGUUUCGACAUCCUCGGAGAGAAAUGCACCCUUGCAACAAGGGCUGCAGGCAUCUCACGAAGCGUUAUUUCAAAGGCAAAGCGACGAAGUGAGAUCUUUCGUUCGAGAAUCACCUCGUCAGAAAGCCGUCCGAAUGCAGUGGCAGCGAGCACUUCACAAUCUCACCCGCCAUCGUUCCUGUCUCCACCGGAUGAGCCCAGAAUAUCUAAUGGUUUCAAUGGGUUGCUUUCGCCGACCGACUUAGCGCUCUUCAACGAACGUGAAAGUUCAUGGAAUAGUGACGCCUGGUCAACUGUGGAGAUUUCACAUACUGGGUUUGGUCUUGACGACCCUUCAAAUAUAUCUGGCGCUUUGUAAAAGGGAGAAUAAAAUAUUGUGUAGAGAAUCAUAUAUUUUAUAUCAGUAAAUUGAGUACAUCGAGC